GCCUUCUCUCGUCCUCUCCCUCUGCAUCUCCUUUCCCCCCGACCACCUGCCAUCUGCUGUAUAUCCCUGCUUUGUCUUUAUCGUACCAUCUUCACGCAUAGUCAAGUGUCCGCAAUUCCGUUUCCCGUCCACAUCCGUCGCAUUCACGCCCCAUUGCCGCCCAUCCUCCGCCUAGCCAAACCUCGGCGUCUUUAGCUUCUGAAGAUUAAUAACAGUCGACUCCGAGUUUCCGGUCUGAUAUGGCAACGCACGGACCCAUAAACGGUGUAAAGAUCUCUCCCAUCGACGAUCCCCACAAAGUGGUGGAGGUGAUUGCGUCAGAUGGGAAGUCGGGCGAGAGUCGCAAGAUACAAUACUCAGACUGCAAGGUCAUCGGGAAUGGGUCUUUCGGCGUUGUCUUCCAAGCUAGGCUUGUAGGCGCUCCGAAGGAGACCGAGAGUAUUGCGAUCAAGAAGGUCCUUCAGGACAAGCGGUUCAAGAACCGUGAACUGCAGAUAAUGCGACUCGUCUCCCAUCCAAACGUGGUAGAUCUCCGUGCUUUCUUCUAUUCUCCUGGUGACAAGAAGGAUGAACUGUAUCUCAAUCUCGUGUUAGAAUAUGUUCCGGAGACUGUUUACCGGGCUAGCCGCCACUAUGCCAAACUGAAGCAACCAAUGCCAACUCUGCAAAUCAAACUGUACAUGUAUCAGCUCCUCCGAUCACUUGCUUACAUUCAUUCAGUCGGGAUCUGUCAUCGCGACAUCAAGCCCCAGAACCUCCUACUCAAUCCAUCGACCGGCGUGCUAAAGUUGUGCGACUUUGGUUCUGCCAAGAUUUUGGUGGCCGGGGAGCCCAACGUUAGUUAUAUCUGCUCGCGGUAUUACCGUGCGCCCGAGCUCAUAUUCGGAGCUACAAACUACACAACCAACAUCGAUAUAUGGUCAACUGGUUGUGUCAUGGCCGAGCUGAUGUUGGGCCAGCCUCUGUUCCCCGGCGAAAGCGGUAUUGAUCAGUUGGUCGAGAUUAUCAAGGUUCUCGGGACCCCUUCGCGAGAGCAAAUCAAGACGAUGAACCCGAACUACAUGGAGCACAAGUUCCCUCAGAUCAAGCCACACCCCUUCUCGAAGGUAUUCCGGCCUCGGACGCCUCAGGAAGCGAUCGAUUUGGUGUCUAAACUGUUAGAGUACACACCUGAGGCUCGCCUGAGCGCUGUAGAAGCCAUGUGCCAUCAAUUCUUUGACGAGCUUCGUGUGGAGGGUGCGCGGAUGCCGAACGGGAAAGAUUUCCCUCCCUUGUUCAACUUUACACGGGAAGAACUCUCGAUUCGUCCCGACCUCAAUCGCAAGCUCGUCCCACCGCACGCCGAGCCUGAGCUGGCCUCACGGGGCAUUUCACUGGACAAUUUUGUUCCUAUACCUGCUGAGCAGCUCAAGAUACACUUGGAUUAGGUUGCUCUUAUUUUUCUUGUUCCACCGCGCCUGGCCAAGCGGUUUGUUGUGUUCUUUUCAUCGUCUCUCUUCUCUCGCUUAUUAUUCUUGAAUCGAUACACCCCGAAUGUCUCCCCCUCCCUCCAUACAUGUCUGUAUACAUCAGGUCGCGGUUGCUCUGCAUGGCGUAUGUUCAAAUGCAUCUGUGUCCAUUGUGCUUAAUAGUCAGUAUGAAUGAAGUAACUGUUCAAUGCAAUGUAUGGCCUUCGCGAAGGUGC